AUGCUGGGUUCUAUUCGCACCAGCUGGGAACAGGGCACCGCCCUCUCCGCCGUCCUGGAAUACUCCAACCCCGAGUACUCGCUGUUCGGUAGCACACCGUUCGGACGCUCUGGCAUCCCUGUGGACGCGUUGCAGUUCGCAAUCAGCGCAGUAGCGAGGCAGACCGCGGAUGGACGAUUGAGUCAAAACGUGGGCGACGCGACCGACGGCGCAGCUCUUGAUGGUGCCAGUGCUGGAAGUGGUGUUUUGUUGGGCUCACUGACUGAUACGACAUACAAAACCCAGUUCGCGAACGCGGCGGCUGCCCAGCUCAACUACAUCCUGACCGACGUGCCUCGCACGUCCACCGGCGCGAUCUCGCAUAGAGCCGAUAGCAAGCAAUAUUGGGCCGAUGGCGUCUUCAUGGGGCCGCCCUUCAUCGCCUACUACGGCGCCGUCACCCAGAACCAAACGCUCCUGCAGUUCGCGUACGACAACUGCAGGCUGUACAGGGACGCGUUGCUGCUUCCGAAUGCCACCAGCUAUGGACCACUGUGGGGUCAUAUCUACGAUGAUGAUAACAAGGCGUGGUCGGACGAGGGUAUUUGGGGCACUGGCAAUGCCUGGGCCGCAACGGGAAUGUUGCGCGUAUUGGUCACCAUCAAGAAGUCGGCUUUCGCGAGUAACAUGACGAGCCAGAUAAACGACCUCGUGGACUGGACGGAGCAGAUCUUGAACGGAACCUACCAAGCUAUCGGCUCCGACGGUCUCAUCCCCGAUUACAUGUCCACCCUGCCGGACGCCCACUUCGGCGACACGUCGUCCUCGGCCGCGCUGGCCUCGGUCUACUACCGCCUUGCGGCGCUCUAUCCGGAUCGUUUUUCGCCGGCCAUGGCUCCGGCGCUCGCGAAGGGUGCUGCGACCCUUCGUGAUGCGGUCUUGAACGGCGCGAACGAGCUUGGGGAGGUUGGUCCGGCGGUGGACCCCUUGGUCUGGGACCAGGUUGGCGUCGUGAGCACGGAGGGGCAGGCGUUCGUGUUGAUGUUGAUAUCUGCUUGGAGGGACUGGCUUGGUGCUUGA